AAUUAAACUGAGAAAUGAUAAACGUGUAAGAUUAGACGCCACAAGUUAAGAUAAGAAGAUCUAAAACUUGUACGAUGAAAGCUAGAUCAGCCGCCAACGUGUGGAAUCACAUGAACUUCGCUAUUGCGUAUUGCCACGUAAUAGCUUAAACCAGCAAGAUCUAAGUCAAUACACAUGUAUACUGUUUAUCUAUUCAUGUAAAUUUACCAUUAUUUUUUGUUUCAAUUAUUCUUCAAUUACUAUGAUAUUAUAUAUAUUGACUUUCUGAACAAAAUGUUUAGACAAUGUCUGAAUAAAAGUGUGUUGACAAAAAAAAAGUGUCUGAAUAAAAGUGGUGAAUUUAUUUGUUCACAAAAAGUUGAUUUCUAGAGAACGCAUUAAUAACUUUUUGACUAGAAAAAAAUAUUGCGUUUUCUCGAUAACGCAGUAAUUCAUGAUUGGAAAAUGACGAUGCCUUAACUCAUAGAGGUGUUUUUCUUUUGAACUGGAAAAAAAAACAUUGUACAACUAAAUAGAGGUGCUGAACGAUUAAAAUAAAAAAGUUGUUGUACUUUCUUUAUGACCAAAAUAAGAGAUUCAGAAAUGGAUAAACUCAGAUAAAUCGUUUUGAUUCAAUCUUGAAAUGUCAUUGUAUCUCUGACUCUCUGUAAAUUUGAAUCGUUAGGUGAAGCAACAAAAUAAAUUCACUAUUAACAUAUACGUGGAGGCGAAGCUAUUGUAUAUACGUUGUUUUAUUUUACUUUGUUGUGCUGUCAAAACAUGGAACAUUUUGUCAAUGCAUGGCGUCAUUGACGUGUAGACAUUGGCCUUGACCUAAAUGUUUUUCCGAUUUGCUUAUAUCAUCACCCUAUCUCGACAAGAUUUUAAAUUUUUGUUCCUACCUUAACACAUACAUAUUAAAAUGUAAUGUAGCUUGUACACUUUCAGGUAAAACAAAGGAUUAACCAUUGAAUAAGACAUGCAGGAGAUGAUUGGGCUUUAUUUCCACGUAACUCAGAGUUAUAUCACCAUGGCACGACAAAUCGCGAAUCGUGGCAGGAUUCACAAGCAAGAUUUAGUGGUUGUCAAGGGUAGAAUAGGAACUUAAUGAGCUCAAUAAUUCAGAUUUUAUGAUCACAAUUCACAGUAUAUAUAAAGAGUUCCGACCAUGCACUUCGAACAUCAAACACAAUACACUCUGCACUCUCAAACCCCAAUGCCCAACUCAUCCCGAACUCUCUCUCAAAAUGACGAAAAUGCCCUCGUACACUGUUGAAAACCCUAACUUCGAGCCUUCAAAGGCCAAGAAACAAUACAACAUAUACUCUUCGUUGCUCCCUGUCUUCUUAUCGAUCUUAGCAUACAUUUUGAUCUUCUACGUCCUUGACGUAUCUCCUUCUUCGAUCUUCAACGACCCAAAGAUCUUGUUCUUCAUCUCAAACGCCCUUAUCCUUAUCAUAGCCGCAGACUAUGGCGUCUUCGCUGAGAAAGAGAACCACGAAUUUUACGGAGAAUACACGGCCGCGAUGAGAAUAGACGCGAGAGAAAACGCUAGACCUGAAAACUCAGGCUAUGAGGUGAGUUUGGCGGAAGUAACCAUGAAACGUGAGAAGCAAGAAGAAGCACUCAGAGAGAAAGAUACAACACGGUAUCUGUUUCAAAAGGAAGAGAAAGUUCCUGAGAAAAUCGUACAAGUCCUAAGCGACGAGCAGAAGACUGAGCAAAACAUUCAUAUGACCAUUAGUAAAGGAGAAACUUGUGGUGCAAGAAACCUAGUGAGCCCUAAACGGUACGGGAGAAGCAAAUCGGAUAAAGCACGCUCAGAACGUAGUCAUCGAGAGAUCAAACAUAGACGUAAAAGUUAUGAUCGAAGCAAGUCUGACGAUAGCUCGAAAUGGAUGGUUGGUCAAAAGUGGAAGAAGGCUCAUGAGGAGACGGAGGAGAAGUGGGAGAAUGUAAGAGAGGAAUCGGAAGAAUUUGCGAAAAUGUCGAACGAGGAGUUGAACAGACGAGUUGAAGGUUUCAUCCAACGGUUCAACAGAGAUAUUAAACGACAAACUUUAGUUUAGUUUAAUUUAAUUUAAUUUGUGCAGGUUAAGUCAACCUUUUUGUAUCAUUUUGUGUGUCGUCGUGCCAUAUGCUAACAUGAUUAUCCCU